AUGGGGUUCAUUACAGUGAACGAAGCCGCUAUAGACAAGGCAUUCAAAUCGAAUCCCGCGUUAAAAGGACGCAUUCUCGAAGCUAUUUCCGAGAACCCCCAAUGCGUUGGCCUGUUUGAAGAUAUCGCAAGGUUCAUAUGUUCCGAACGGGACUCUCACCAGAGCCAGGUUCAUAACGCUUACAAUAUAGCACCUGCUACGGAGAGGCUGCAACAACAUCAUAUCACGCCAGUUGAAGGACCUGCUGCUAAGAAAAGGAAAGUGGCCAAUGGGCUUGCCGGGCCCGUUGCGCCUGGGGGAAUGGGAGGAGAAGACGCUACAUUGAUUGCCGGCAUACAGGCAGACGCCGAUUUGCAAUUAUACGUGCAGGACCUUUCUUUUACUAUUCCACAGAGAAAGAAGCUCAGGCUGGAGUUUACACAGGAUCUGGGGGGUGGAAAUGAGUAUAUUAGAGCUAGGAAUCAGGCUUCCGGCGAGGUUGAAUUCGGUGUACCUGUUGCAAAGAUCGAACAUGUCCUCUGCCUCCCGGUCCCCGAGAAAGCUCAAAGACAGUUCAAUUUCUGCAUCAUACCUGAGUAUAAGGAUGGAGUCACCAGUGCUCCAGACGGAAUGGUUACAUUUGAACCCAUGGUUUGGACAGUACCCGACGCUCCCCCACGAAGUGCAUACUUGGGCUCAGGAACCCCAGUAUCUGAGAGUGCGAGCUUAGCAGAGACAUACCAGACAUACUUCCAGAGUUUCCUGAACGGAAAACUAAAGCAUGUCAAAGUAUUGUGUCCCGACGAGAAAGAGUUCGUGAGCGCGACUCCUGAAGCUCAUCGAAAGUCCGAGAAGGCGUAUCACGUCAAGGCCUUCCGAGGCAGCAAAGAAGGGUACCUCUUCUUCCUAGCUACGGGAAUCUUCUUUGGCUUCAAGAAGCCGGUUAUAUUCAUUGCCUUUGAGAAUGUGGAGUCUAUUUCAUACACGGCUGUGCUUCAGCGGACGUUCAACUUGAACAUAACCACACGUUCUGCGGCAAGGCCAGACGAGAUCCAGGAGCUGGAGUUCUCAAUGAUCGACCAAGCUGAUUAUCCCGGAAUCGAUGCAUAUAUCAAGAAACACGGCUUACAGGAUGCCAGUCUCGCCGAGGAGCGCCGUGCAAAGAGACUUAACAUCAAUGCACCAAGGGGCGGAGAGGGGGGUGAUGAUGGGGACGGAAUGGAUGACGGCAACGCUCCGCAAGCAGUGGAGGAAGAAUCCGAGCUGCAGAAGGCUCAGAGGGAGCUGGAGAACCAGCAAGCGGACGAAGAGGAUGAAGAGGAGGAUGACUAUGACCCUGGAAGUGACGGGGAGAGCGAAGGCAGCGGCUCGAGUAGUGAAGAGGAGGAAGACGACAAUGCUCAGGGAGCGUGA